UAUCGUUAUUGUUUCUGAUACUAAACGCAACACAUCACCCACUCUCACUCCAACCAUGGCGUCGUCGUGGUGGUGCUCCUCUCCCUCCGCCACCCUCGCCGUCACCACCACCCGCCACUCUUCUGUCACUCCCCACACUUCCCAAUUCCGCAUCCAAACCCUCCCAUUCCCCCCUCCCUCCUUCCUUCUCACCACCGCAUCCCCCUCUUCCCUCCGAUUUAGGGUUCCAUGCUCCAACAAAACCGCCUUCGGAACCCAGUCGCCGAGUUCGCCUCCGCCGGACGCCGUGGACUGCGUGGGAACGGGGCAAGACGUGGAGUGUCUGGUCAAUUCGGAAGAGAAGGAACCGCAAUUGGAACCGUCGGCGCCGUGUCUGGCGGAGGCGCUUUGGGAAUGGGCGGUGCUGGUGUCGCCGUUCUUCUUCUGGGGAACGACGAUGGUGGCGAUGAAGGAGGUGCUUCCGAAAUGCGGUCCGUUCUUCGUUUCCGCCUUUCGCCUCAUUCCGGCGGGGUUUCUUCUGGUGGGGUUCGCCGCGUGGAGAGGGAGGCCUCUCCCCUCAGGCUUCAAUGCGUGGAUUUCCAUCACGCUUUUCGCCCUCGUCGAUGCCGCUUGCUUUCAGGGUUUUCUAGCAGAAGGGUUGCAGAGGACUUCCGCUGGUUUGGGCAGUGUUAUAAUUGAUUCGCAGCCUUUGACUGUGGCUGUACUUGCUGCUUUGUUAUUUGGUGAGUCAAUUGGAGUUGUUGGAGCUGUUGGGCUUGCACUUGGUGUCAUAGGACUUGUACUACUCGAGUUACCCGUCCUAUCAUUUGAUGAAAGCAACUUCUCACUGUGGGGCAGUGGCGAGUGGUGGAUGCUUCUUGCAGCUCAGAGUAUGGCAGUCGGCACGGUCAUGGUUCGGUGGGUCUCAAAAUACUCUGAUCCUGUCAUGGCAACUGGAUGGCAUAUGGUUAUUGGUGGUCUCCCACUUGUGCUUUUCUCAGUUCUUAACAAUGACCCUGCUGUGAGUGGCAGUCUUAAAGAGUACAGUUCGACUGAUAUAUUGGCUCUCCUCUACACAUCCAUUUUUGGAAGCGCUGUCAGCUAUGGUGUAUUCUUUUAUAGUGCAACUAAAGGUAGCUUGACCAAGCUCAGUUCACUCACGUUUUUGACCCCAAUGUUUGCUUCAAUUUUUGGGUUUCUCUAUCUUGGCGAGACUUUCUCUUCUGUACAGCUAGCUGGGGCCUUAGUAACUGUGGUGGGAAUAUACAUGGUUAAUUUCAGAAACAAUUCUGAAUAAAUUGCCAUUUUUGUUUGGUUCUUUCAACCUAAUCCCAUCCGAUGGAAAAUAAUUUCUCGGGGAAUUAGAUGUUUACCGUGAACUCAAAUUGGGAAUGCUAGAAGCAAGGUUGGACACGCGCAGAGGAGAAAUUUGAGUGAUAUACAACUGAGCCCUUGUGAUCAUGCUUUGUGGUGUAAAUACAAUUUUGUUUUGUUAUUUAAUUUUGGCUUCCAGCCUCUUCCUAGGCAAUAUACCAAAAACUUGGAAGCCUUCCAUCGGAAUGAAUUGUUUCCGUAAAGGUGUUUUUUUGUUGUAUAAGAUGGCUUACGCAUUACAAUAAGACUGAACAAAAUGUAUAUAUUAUUAUUGCAAAUUUUGUGUAUAGUGAACCUGCUCUGAAAGAAAUAUACAUAUUGGGCCCAUGA